AUAAGAUUACGUUACCCAAUUUAUACAAUUAUGAUGAUGAUGGUCAUUUGAUGUUUGGGGUCCCUAUUGAAAAACUCAUGGGUACUGAAGGAGAAAAUGGAUUGCCAAGAGUUGUUAAAGAUUGUGUCGCGUAUAUAAGAUCCGAAGGGAUGGAAACUGAAGGUGUGUUUCGUAGAUCACCUAGUUCCGUAUUAUUACGGCAAGCAAAGGAAGCCUAUGAUCGAGGAAAUCCUGUAAAUUUAAAAGAUUAUGGUGUUCAUGUGGCAGCAGUUCUUCUUAAAAUGUUCUUUAAUGCUCUGCCAGUACCAGUUUUUCCCGUGGAAACAUACGAUACUCUUAAACAAAUAUUACAUAAGCCAAAUUAUUUGGGAAGAAUUGAAUUUAUUCGUA